AUGGAGGCUCUCUCGCGGUUCUAUGGCAGGUUUCGCUGGUCACCUUGGGAGACUAAUGAGUACAUGCACUGCGGAGUACGUGUAAAAGAAGGCGAGGACGAGUUCAUCCUUGAGCAAAGCGAGUACAGUGCCAGCAUGGAUCAAGUGAAGUUUGAGAAAAGGGAUGAGAAGCUCCCAGCCACGCCUGAAGAGGUGACCCAAUUACGUGGUGUGUUGGGUGCAAUCCAGUGGAGAGCAUACUCCACAGCCCCACAGCACAUGGCCACCUUAAGCAUGCUCCAAUCACAGACGAGCAAGGCGACAGUUGGAACGCUUCAACAAGCCAAUAAGCUGGCACGAGAAGUUUAUGCACAACGACAUAUGUGCAUAAGAAUACUGGACCUUCAGAUUGAUCCCGACGACGUCACCUUUGUCGCAUGGAGCGAUGCGGCGGUCGGGAACAGACCUGACCUUGGUUCUACGGGCGGCUAUAUCAUCGCCGCGACGACGCCCAAUGUGACGGAGGCACACACAAUAGUGCCAAAGCGCAAGCAGCUGAAAGACACGACCUGUCCUUUUGCUGCGAGGCGAAGUCAAGGCCUUCACGGCAUGUGCUCGUAG